UCUGUGAUAGGCUCUUUUACGAAGUUCUACUACAGUUCCAGUAAAGUUUCCUGAAGAUCUCGUCUCGGCUUGUCUGGUAUCCAUAUACUUCCUUCCCGGCUCACAGAACGGCCGCCAAGCAUUACAUCUCCUGUCUCAUACUCAACGGGAUCUCCAUAUCCACUUCACCGACGAUACAAUGCUCGUUCCAGAGCAUGGCCUCAUCUUUCAUCUGUUGCUCGCUUCUAGUCGAUGCCAAGCUUCCUACAAGAAGUACUCUGCAUCCGAAAUAUCCAUCUCUUCUUUUACGUUCAUCACCGUCUAAAACCUCUCUUUCACCUUCCAAACGUGUAUCUUCGUGCGGUUUUAUUUCUCUUCUUCAAUCUGUAAUUGCCGGUCAAUCAGAUCACACGUCGAACGUGCCUUUCUUUUUCUUACAUCUAACUCCUUGACGGACAACAACAACGCUCAUUACAUCCAACCUCACCAGCCUCUCGACUCUCACCAUCUUAUAAUUCUGGUCAAGAAGCUGCUACAAUGCUCUACAAGUUUGCCCUUGCCGUCGCCUUAGCGGCGAGCUCUGCCGUUGCGCAGAACAACAACCAGAAUAAGGGGGGUCAGAAUAACAACAACAACAACAACAACAACGCCAACAACAAUGCAGCUGAUGGCCUCACACUGCUAGCCAAUGCCGUUCAGAAGGGGUCUGCACAAGAUGGUUCUGCCAACAUCGCAGCCGGCCAGGCGUUGUCACUUACUUCGGAUAACAACUUCAUAAACUUCUGCUCGGGGAAGACACUGACAGAUGGUCUGCAAGUUCAAGGAGGUUCUUGUAACGGAGUUGUCAUGGGAGACAUCCCUUCCAAAUCCAACAUGGUCUCAUCCAUAAUCACCUUCCCAACACAGGGUGGCGCCGACGUCCAAGCCGACACCACCUUCGACAUCAAAGUCCAAAUGGCCAACUUCGUCGCCGGAACCUUCACCAACGCCGAUAACACCUACUACUCCGCCCCCCAGCAGCUCCAAGGCGGCAAAGUCGUCGGCCACACCCACGUCACCGUCCAGGAUCUCGGCAACACCCUGAACCCCACCACCCCCCUCGACGCCACACAGUUCGCCUUCUUCAAGGGGAUCAACGAUGCAGGUGAUGGAAAGGGCGGGCUCUCGGCGACUGUUACUGGAGGACUUCCCGCGGGCAAUUACCGUGUUUGCACUAUGGCUUCGUCGUCGAACCAUCAGCUUGUUCUCAUGCCUGUUGCGCAGCGUGGUGCGUCGGAUGAUUGUACGAAGUUUACUGUUAGUGCUGGGAAUAACAACAACGGUGGCAACAACAAUAACAACAAUAACAACAAUGCCGCCGCUGCUAACAACAACAAUAACAAUAACAACAACAACGCCGCCGCUACCGCUGCUAACAACAAUAACAACAACGCCGCCGCCGCUACCGCUACCGCUGCCGCUGCCAACAACAACAAUAACAACAAAGGACAGGGUGGAAGGCGAGGAGGCAGGCGUGUCAACCGCCGCACAUUUGUUGCAUAAAUGAUAUCCUCGGGAAAGAGAGAGGUGCAGGUCACGUUGUUUUUAAAGAUCCGUAGAGCGGAUGUAAGAAAAACACAGUAAUAUUGCAGUUUGCAUGCAGGCUUGGAUCUGGAAUAUAUAUUUUCUUUUAACUUUUUGAUGGUUUGUUUGUUGGGGG